AUGGCCCAUCCGAAUUCUGCUCUCAGUGACAGUGAAACGUACUGGCGAGAUAGCCAGGCAUGGCUCAAGGAACGCGGAUAUCUGCUUCGACCACGGUAUAGGGCAGACUGGAAACCUUCAUGGGAGACAACCUCCAAGGACCCCUACCAUUGCGAAGAUAGCCUCACUCUAAGGCGGUCAACAAUUAUAGAUGCUACUCGCACCUCGGAUGGAACCGUAGUCGCCCUAAAGAAAGUCUCCAAGUCCACGCAUCCCCAUGAAGCAGAGAUCGGCCAGUUCUUCUCAAAUGAACCGCUCCGCUCCGACCCGCAGAAUCGUUGCAUCGCCAUCCACGCGGUUCUGCAAGAUCCUAUGGAUCAGGAUCUUAUUGUACUUGUGAUGCCCUUCCUACGCAUCUAUAAUGACCCCCGCUUUGACACUGUAGGAGAGGCAGUCGAGUUCUUUCGACAGAUAUUUCUGGCUUUACAAUUUAUGCACCAUAAUCAUGUUGCGCACCGCGACUGCAUGACUCUCAAUAUCAUGAUGGAUCCCCUUCCUAUGUAUCCCCACCUGUACCAUCCAGUACGCGUGGAGAGAAACCGACAGUUCACCGGAAAUGCGAAACGUUAUACGCGCACCCAACGUCCAACGAAGUAUUAUCUCGUAGAUUUCGGUCUCUCCAGAAAGUACAAUCCUGAUGACGGUCCGCCUGAGGAGCUUCCCAUACUCGGCGGGGACAAGAGUGUCCCAGAGUUCCAGGGAGAGGGUUACAAUGUAGCCUCCGAUCCAUUCCCAACCGAUAUAUACUACCUGGGAAAUAUGAUACGCAAGGAUUUCCUGCGGAAGUAUCACGGGUUCGAGUUCAUGAGCGAACUGGUAUCGGACAUGGUGCAUAAGGAGCCCGUGAAGCGUCCAACUCUUGACCAGGUAAUUUCGCGCUUCGACGACAUUAGGCUCCCGUUGUCUACGCGAAAGUUGCGCUCUGAACUUGUGCGGAAGCAGGACGACCUUCUACUCCGAUUUUUCAAAAGAAUCAGACACAUUUAUCGCACGGUCGGAUAUGUCGCCAGACGAUUACCACCAUUGCCGACUCCAUGA